UUUGCUCAAAACAGAAAAAAGCAUUUACAGAUAUUCCAGCAUAUAAUUCUGCUAGAAACAGUUCCUUUGAUCACAGGUAUUCAAUCAGUCUGGUGAGUGAGUUGAGUGUGAGUCAGUCUGGAGCUGACUCAAGACAUUUGAGUCAAACCAAAGUCCGAUGCUAGCCACAUCUCGGGACUAGUAUCCCAUUCUCCACCCUGCCAUGCCGCCAAUCUCUCUGAAGGCCCCAUAGUCCAGAAUAUAUGAAUAUCACAUCCAGCCGUGAUAUUAAUAAAAAACUUCUGUAAACAACGUACGAGUUUUUCCAAUCACAUUUCCGAACUGCUUCCCCCAUGCUCCCCACUAACUAGGUGCCAACCAACAGACCUUGGGGCGUUCUAGGACAGCUCACAUUCAAAUGGGAAUGGCAUCCCAAAUUGAUGAAGGUUUUCUACUCCCAUCAGCAAAAAGAAAUGAACCUAUGGCGAUACACAGGGAUGGCAAGGUGCUGAUCCUGGGUGGGCACUGACAUUACCCAUGCAUGCCAGUAUAUGAACUGAUUUAUGGUUUGAACAGAAUGCUUUUCAGAAGCAGUUGUAUUGAAAUAGCAGGUCUUCCUGUUUUCAAGAAAAUCGUAUGAUUGAUACACAUUUUAUUGGUGCCUGUAAAGUGAAUGUGUACAUGGAGGGUACCCAAAUGGGCUACAAUGCUGACCAUUUGUGCUUACAUGGAUGUGUCACUAAUGCAAAAUACUGGUAGGCUUAGAGGGUUCCCAUUUGUUUUAUUUGCAUUUUGAGCAUAUCCAAGAUGAAUUGCAAAUGUGCCUGAUGUGUUAAUUGCAGGUUUGAGUAGUGCCAGUGACCAGUUCAUUCAAAGCCAUUGAACUGGUGAUCUUGCUUGUAUUCAAGUGACCCAUUAUGGGCUUAUCUGGUAAGACUGUCAUAUACCACAUCUGCUUCAUGCCUGCUGUAAGGAGAUGGAACAGUUUAUCUCCCUUGAUUUACUUUGGUUAGGCAUUUUAUUUUGCAAGGUUUCAUCAGAUAUCAUAAUGCCAUCUUAUACUGUGUAGAAACUAUUAUUUGCUGGCUACACACAGAGCCACUAUCAGCCCUGACAGAGAGGUGACAGUGAAGUCAGGUCCUCAUGAAGUGGAUACUAUAGACUGAGUGUACAUCUAUGGAAAACAUAUAGGUUGUGAAUACAGUUCAACUGUGAGUGUUCUGUACGUUGUUGUUCACAUUGGUCCUGAUGCUGAAUAUUGAAAUUGCCCACCAACUGACAUGUAAGACAUAAGAUGCCAUAAACAGUAAAUUAUGAAGGUCUUGUGGAAAUCCCAUCAGCAUACCUUAAGAAUACAAUAAUUACUAUACAAACACCAGACAUGGGCAAACUGGGGUCUAUCAAACUGUUAACUGGUGCAUGUCAGGGUCAUCCAGGUGGAUCAAUGUGUCAAGGCCAUCAGGGGGAUGAAGGGGAUUUGUUUUUUUAUAAGGUGGAAAUUUUCUGUGCUGUUUGUGGAUUGCAUAAGUUGCUUAGUGGAUUAGUGAGGAACAUGAUUCACACAAGUGAGACAGAAGUAUUAAGUUUAUUCCUCAGAGAAAAACCAAGAAAAUGGAAAUAAAGAUGGGUUGAUAUUUUGGCAACAUGCCUUUAUCAAAACAAUAGCAGAAGUUCAUUUCUGCCAUUGUUUGGAUGAAGGCGCUGAAAUUUACUUCUGCAAUUACUUAAUAAAUGCAUAUUGCUGAAUUAUCAACCCACCUGUGUCUCCAUUCUCCUGGUUUUUGUUGGAGGAAUGAGGCUAUUACUUCUGUCUGACCUGUUUCUAGAAUGGUCAAAAUGGCAAACAAAUAUGGCAUCUUAAUAUGGUGGUAGGAAUAUGAUUUGGAAGUACAGUGAAGCAGCAAUGGAUGAGCCAUGCCUCUUCACUGAUUUUCCUCUCCUGGUCCGACUGAAGACUACUGUUGGGCUUGUGCUGAGAGGACACAUUCAGGCUCAGGGUCGAUGGUGGCCUGUGACCGUGCUGGCGCCGCAUUAUCCGGACCUGAAGCAGCUGCAGGUCUGUCUGGGAGAGGACCUCCAGGCUCACGCCCCACCGGAUGUGGGCAGCUGCAGUACUCUACAUGAAGCCAUCGCGACAUAUCGGAGCAGCCUGGAGUGCUUGCCGCCGCCGCCCCCUGGCGGCGCCACCGCCGAUGGCGACGACGCGGCCGUGAUCGCUCUGAGAAGUCACGUGGCCGUGCUGCGUCAGCUGCGGCAGAUCGGGCUGCAUCACGUGACCUGGGCCAGCACUGACCUCAGCCAGGUGACGCUGUCCACUCUGGACCGAGCGGCGCGACGUCACCAGCUGAGCCUCACCAUAGGCGCCGACUACCCCGGUGUGUGUCCCCGGCUGGCGACCGACCUGCCCGCAGACCUCGCCGUCACCUGGCAUCGGGGCAUGGGCCUGCUGGACCUGUUUCAGCGGUUUGAGGAAGCCGUCGAGCGGUAUCAGGCCUUCUGGAACGCGCUGGACGCGGUGGACGCCGAGCUGUGGGUGGUGGAUCCGGAGCGACCGGCGCGGAGGGACCAGCGGCGGCGCCUCGUCAUCAGCGGCCAGCUGUCGCUGGAGGUGACCGUGGAGCCCCUGUACCCCACGGCUGUGCCGGGCUGCCGGUUUCUGGGCGCGGAGGCGGCCGCUGCCGAGCUGAGGGAGCGACUCGCCAGCAAGAUAGACUCGUGGGACGAGUACGAGGGCGUGGUGGACAACCUGGAGCGCCUGCUGGGCGUGGAGUUUGUGCGGCGCGGUGCGGCUGGUGCCGCCGGCGCCAUCUCCGUAGAGUGUGGCAUCUGCUACUGCUACCGAAUGGCCGAGGAGACGCCGUCGCGCUGCUGUGAUGACAGCCGCUGCGGUCAGCCCUUCCACAACUCCUGUUUGUACGAGUGGCUGCGGGCUCUUCCCAGCACGCGACAAACGCUGCGCACCGUGUUCGGCGACUGUCCCUACUGCUCCACGCCGAUCUCAUGCGAGAUACCGUCCGGCUGAGGCCGCCGACAGCGCCAUCCGACCGCUGGCGAGUACAUUUCAGUUGUGACCGCCCGCCGCCAGAUGGCCAUUCGACAUGGGGCCGCGCCCUGCACCACAGCGGAAGGCUCGCGCCAUUUCACAGGCCUGAUGAGAAAUGUGCGGUGCGCGCACUAUGUUACGCCGUCAUCGUGCUCCUUGUGAAUAAGAGAGGAAAUCAGCCGGUUCUACACUGUCGACUUAUCAAGUAGUACAGAUACUGGGCCUCGUUCCAGUUUCCGUCAGAGGCGGCGGUAUUUGGAUCUCCAGCGGUGGCGUGCCUUGUGCCCUGUGAUAUGAGCAAUACAGUGAAA